GUGAAGUGUGAGGUAAAAUAGAGAGACAGAACGGGGGAGAGAAACCGGAAAAGGAGAGGAGGACGAGAGAGAGGGAGUGGGGGAGAGGAAGGUAUAAAGGAUAGAUAGGGGUAAAGAGUAUAUGCACUCCCCCACUCUGCUCUGCCGGGUCACCUCAUAAGGACUUCCUUUAACCUCGUUAUACGGUGACCCGGAACCGGGGGAAGGAAGACAGGGUAUUAGGUGACAUAGGGUUGUAGUGACAGCGCCCGUGUGUGUACGUGUUAUUUACUGUGGGUCGGUGCCCGGUCGGCACAAGAAGGAUCAUGUCGGGCCAGUCCAUCACAGAUCGGAUCACGGCGGCUCAGCAUAGUGUCACCGGCUCCGCCGUGGCCAAAGCCGUAUGUAAGGCGACUACCCAUGAAAUGAUGGGACCCAAGAAGAAACAUUUAGACUAUCUUAUACAGUGUACAAAUGAGAUGAAUGUAAAUAUCCCUCAGCUGGCUGACACACUUUUUGAGAGAACUGCAAAUGGUAGCUGGGUUGUAGUAUUCAAAGCACUCAUCACAACACAUCACCUCAUGAUGUAUGGCAAUGAGAGAUUUAUUCAGUACCUUGCAUCCAGAAAUACAUUGUUAAAUCUUAACAACUUCUUGGAUAGAGGUGCCAUGCAAGGGUAUGAUAUGUCGACAUUCAUCAGGCGCUAUAGCAGAUACUUAAAUGAAAAAGCACUUUCCUAUAGACUUGUGGCUGUUGACUUCACCAAAAUGAAAAGAGGGGUAGAUGGAGUUAUGAGAACCAUGGUUACGGAGAAGCUCUUGAAAACGCUUCCAAUCAUUCAGAACCAGCUGGAUGCUCUCUUAGAUUUUGAUGCAAAUACAAAUGAGCUAACAAAUGGUGUUAUUAAAACUGGUUUCAUGCUGCUUUUCAAAGACUCGAUAAGGCUCUUUGCAGCUUAUAAUGAAGGCGUCAUUAACUUGCUAGCUAAGAUCAAAAACAUAUGUUAGCCUUGGGCUCCUGAUUCCUAUUUAUCAACAUCAAAGUGAAGCAGUGAUUAGUUGACGUGCACUCUACAACAGAAGGGAUCUGGUUGUGAUGUACUACAUGCCUGCUGUGUAUAAGAUAAUAUCUUAUGUUGUGUAUUUGCAACUGCCACAAUUUUAUUUUCUCCCAUUUCAUCAUACACAAAAGCCAUUCGUUGUUAAUUAUUAAUUUAAUGUCUAAAAAGUACUUAAAGUACUAAAAAGAUGCCAUUGAUGAUUAUAUUUAGACUAAAAGACAUUUUAUUUUGGUUCAUUUCCCUUUUAAAUUAUGGUUAUUGCAUGCUAAUUUUAAGAGAAAUGGGUUUUUGUUCAUUGGUCAUAUCCACAUUAUUUUCUGUAGAUUUUGUUAAGUUUGCUGCAGAUAAGGGAGUAAAAGUAGGUUGUUGUUUCCCCCUUAUAUUUUUUGCAAAAUAUAAUUGUUAAAGGGUUACAUUUGUCUCAUGCCAGUCAUACACUGAGUUAGUAUAAUGCAAGUUUUACAUAAUUAUAAUUUAGUUUUUGAAAUUUAAGGCUUAAGGUGUAUAUAUGCAUGUUUUAUCCACUAAAGAUAAAUAUGUUUGUAUGUGUAAGAACAAAGUGGAACUGCUCUCUGGAGUUAUAAUUAUUCAAGAUGAACUAAUGUUUCAGCAGUCUAGCCUUUUCUCAAAGUGAUACAACCAACACAACAAUUGCCUCAUGAGCCCUUAAGUGGCAGGAAUGUGGGGUGGGUGGCAUCAUGAGACAUCACUUCAGAGGGACACAACACAGUGUAAAAAAUAGUGUUAACAACAAAGUGAACAUAACCAAAAGUAAAAGGAAUAAAGGAAAAUCAUCAGAAAACCCAUACAAUAUGGAAAAAAGGUUGCAGUUUUAAUAAUAUAACAACAGUGUUACAAGCUUGCUUGUCAAUCUCUUUACAAAAUAAUACUAAAAUCCUCAAAUAAUGCAAGGUAUAACCCCCAGAAAAUCUGUCAACAUAUAUUAUAGAAGCAGGAGCAGGUUAUUUUACGUAGGAACGCUUUUCAAAACCAACUGAAUAUCAGGCGAAAGUUAUUUAAAGAAUACACACGAUGACAAACUUAGUACUUGCAAGAAUGAGUUGUAGAGGCACUGGAGCCUCCAAAGUAGGGAAGCAGAAAG